AUCAAGGACAAUUAAAGAUAAUGUUCAAGUAAUAUCAGCCAUAUUGAGUAGUGAUUUCGAACUAACGUUUUAAUGUUGUCAAAAUGGCAAUUAGGCAUAAAGUUACAAUAGGUUUUUGUUUCAUCCCCGAUAAGUAUCGUUGUUAUUAUGACGGUUAAAAUGUCCGGAUCAAGAAAAAAUGCUUCGACAAGAACGCAGAUAGCCACAGUAUGGGCAAAAUUUAGACCAACCGACGUUGCAAUGUGGGAGUAA